GUCGGCGAGGCCCUGGACGGCGCCAUGUCGGCGGGCGGCCCAUGCCCGGCGGGAGCCGGCGGCGGCCCAGGGGGCGCCUCCUGCCCUGUGGGGGUCUCCCCUGGCGGGGUGUCCAUGUUCCGGUGGCUGGAGGUGCUGGAGAAGGAGUUCGAUAAGGCCUUCGUGGAUGUGGAUCUGCUUCUGGGCGAGAUCGAUCCGGACCAGGCGGACAUCACUUACGAGGGGCGUCAGAAGAUGACCAGCCUUAGCUCUUGCUUUGCGCAGCUUUGCCACAAAGCCCAGACUGUGUCCCAGAUCAACCACAAGCUAGAGGCACAGUUGGUAGAUCUGCGGUCCGAACUGACAGAGAGUCAAUCAGAGAAACUUGUCCUGGAGAAAGAAGUCCACGACCAGCUUCUACAGCUGCACUCUACCCAGCUUCAGCUGCAUGCCAAAACUGGCCAAAGUGUUGACUCUGGUACCAUUAAGGCAAAAUUGUCUUUCCCUUCUGUGGAGGAUCUGGAAAGAGAGCUUGAAGCAAAUAAAACAGAAAAGGUAAAAGAAGCUCGACUUGAAGCAGAAGUGAAGCUGCUGAGGAAGGAGAACGAGGCGCUUCGCAGGCACAUAGCUGUUCUCCAAGCUGAAGUUUAUGGGGCGAGGCUGGCCGCCAAGUACUUGGAUAAGGAACUGGCGGGCAGGGUCCAGCAGAUCCAGUUGCUGGGGCGAGACAUGAAGGGUCCUGCACAUGAUAAGCUCUGGAACCAGUUAGAAGCUGAAAUACAUUUGCAUCGCCACAAAACUGUCAUCAGAGCCUGCCGCGGACGCAAUGACCUGAAGCGACCCCUGCAGGCCCCCCCAGGCCAUGAUCAAGACUCUUUGAAGAAGAGCCAGGGAGUCGGUCCAAUCAGGAAAGUUCUCCUCCUUAAGGAAGAUCAUGAAGGCCUUGGCAUUUCAAUCACAGGUGGGAAGGAACACGGCGUUCCCAUCCUCAUCUCUGAGAUCCACCCAGGACAGCCUGCAGAUAGAUGUGGAGGGCUGCAUGUUGGAGAUGCUAUUCUGGCGGUGAAUGGAGUGAACCUACGGGACACAAAGCACAAAGAAGCUGUAACCAUACUUUCCCAGCAGAGAGGAGAGAUUGAAUUUGAAGUCGUCUACGUGGCCCCUGAAGUGGACUCUGAUGAUGAAAACGUUGAGUACGAAGACGAGAGUGGACACCGCUACCGCCUGUACCUUGAUGAGUUAGAGGGAGGUGGUAAUCCUGGCGCUGCUUGCAAAGACGGCGGUGGCGAAAUGAAAGUGUUACAAGGGUAUAAUAAGAAGACAGUGAGUGAUACACAUGAGAACGGGGACAUGGGGGCUUCAGGGGAAAGCCCUCUGGAUGACAGCGCUGCCAGAGCAGCUGAUUUGCACAGCCUGCGUCAUAAAAAGGCCUACUAAGCUAGCCCCAGACACGCUGCUUGCCAGAC